AGAGAGCGAGAAAGAGAGAGGGAGUCUGUGGAGAGGGACUUGGGAAGGAACUUUUAUCAUACACUGAGGAAAGAAGAGGGACAGCCGGGAGAGAGAGAGAGUAGAGAGUGAAAUAAGUGAGUGAACUGCGGCGCUGCAGGAUGGCCGAGGGUUGCAUGAUGGCCCUGCGAUAUGGAAUGGUCUUCUUCAACCUCCUUUUCUGGUUGGGAGGAUGUGGCAUACUGGGGGUGGGAGUCUGGCUCUCCGUGACCCAGGGAAACUUUGCCACCCUAUCAUCAUCCCUUCCCUCCUUGUCGGCAGCUAACCUGCUCAUCGUAGUGGGGACCAUCAUCAUGGUGAUCGGCUGUUUGGGCUGUGUGGGAGCUGUCAAAGAGAGCCGUCCUUUGCUGCUGACGUUCUUCAUCCUCCUCCUGCUCAUCUUCUUCCUGGAGAUUCUGUCUAUCAUGCUUUUCUUCAUCUACAAAGACGAGAUCGAUCACUACGCCCAGAGGGAUCUGAAGAAGGGCCUCCAGCUUUUUGGCACAGAGGGAAACGUGGGUCUGACCAACGCCUGGAUGAUAGUACAAACUGAUUUUCGCUGCUGUGGAGUAACCAACCACACAGACUGGUUCGAGGUUUACAAUGCCACCCGUGUGCCAGACUCCUGCUGCCUGGAGUACAGCGACAACUGUGGCCUGGACAACCCAGGAACAUGGUGGACAGCGCCGUGCUACGAGCGUGUAAAGGACUGGCUUAAUGAGAACCUGGUGGCCCUUUGGAUCUUUGCUCUAUGCACAGCACUUACUCAGAUCCUGGGCCUGGUUUUCUCCAUGACGAUGUUCUGUCAGGCAGUGAAAGUAGAGACCUUUUACGCCUAGCCGUCGUUCUUUCUGCCCUUCAGCACACUUGGAUUGUUUUUCAUCAGAGAGGGACGGAUAUAGAUCCACCCUCCUCCUUCUCCUCCUCUUCCUCCUCCCGACAGACUCUUCUUUCCUUGUCCUCUCUGUGACAUUCCCUCUCAGAUGUCACCAGUUCACAGUGUUUCUGCUAACUAUCAACAAGCACAGUGUAAGUGUAUUUACCUGAGUUGGUUCCUAUGGUUUGCUCUGUGUCAAAAAGCUAAUUUCUGUGAUACAUUUUAUGAAGCAGUAUUAUGAACAUGUUUAAUAUGUGUUUUGUUCUAAAUUAUUUUAUGGCUUGUAUGUGUUUUAAAAAUGAGAGCUACAUUUGGGGACUAUGUGAAGUGCUGCAAGUGCAUGUCUCCUGCAAUGAUGUGUAAUAAAUGUUUUUGGCUCGACUAAA